AAUUCCAGCAGUAAGCAAUCCGUUGCGAGACCGUCCUGACGCCAGCCGCGGAUCGGCGCGUGCGUCCUCCAGAAGAUCAUCAACUGUCCGCAGCACGUGGACCUCAAUGCUUUCCCCGCCGUGUUCCCCUUAGGACAAGACUCGGCGGAAGACUUCGUCACCUUCGUCUUCGUCCAUGCCAGGCCUCGUCGCUUUCAGGAGGCGCUGGAACGUCGGAAGUGACGAUCUUGUCGUACCUGGAUUAUUCCUAUUAGUCUUGCAUUUAUCAUGGCUGGUGGUUUUGGUGAUGCUGCUAAUUGUCGGGGACUUGAAAAACGGAGUCCCAUGCGCGUAUUGGCUUUGGCUGAUAUGCGUUUCCUACGUCGGCGUCCUCGGUAUGCUCUGCGUACUCGACGGAUCCUUGUCCCUAUUGGCGACGAGAGGCGGCAUACUUGACACCCAUCCACGUCGAUUCGUCAAGUACAUCAUGUACUUAACGCUACUGAUGAUGUUGUUCGAAAUGGUUAUUCUUUCCUUUGGUGUGCAUUGGUUGGUGUACAAUUACAGGACAUGCCCUAUUGAGGGCUUUAAGCAAGUAUUUUUAGGUAUGGUCAUAUGGAACUGGGUGAUAGACAUCGCCAUCCUCCUUACCGGUUGGUGCGUCUUUGACACAGCAGGCCGCAGCUGGGUCAAGAUGAAGAAGUACCAGUUGUCAAUGAAAGAGUCCGAAUCUCGGUUUCAGUACAAGAGGUCAGGGAAUAGGGCGAGGAAUUGGAGGCAAAGAAAAGUACUACGAGCUUACCAAGACAGUUGGGACCAAAGAUGCAAAAUUAUUUUCUGCUGUAUUAGAAGCUCUGAUAGAAAAAAGAAUUCUUUCACCGAUAUUGCCAGAAUGUUGUCGGACUUUUUUAGAGACUUGGACGUAGUCCCGUCGGACGUAGUCGCUGGUCUCAUCCUCUUGAGGAAAUUCCAGAAGAUCGAGCAGGAGAGCAAUGUCGCCCAGCGUAAAAACGGGAUCUAUGAGUAUCUGAGCGGGGUCCCGGUCACGCCCAAAACGAAAUUCUUGCCCCUCGGGAACACGGAGCACUACAAGCACUUUGAGGCUGUCAUACACUAUAUGCACUUCGCGCUCGCAGCCUACGGAUGGCCUCUGUUUUUUCUCACAACCCCAGUCACAAAAAUGUGCACACUUUGUCAAAACCUCAGCUGUCAAUUGUGCAGGUCGAACCAAAAUGUCAAUGGUGACAACUGCUGCGGAUGCAAUUACGCAGCCCUGAGGGCUAUGCUGUCGAAAGGGGAAGUCAGUAUAAUAUAUUCUACAUUCCACGUAGAUGUCGCGGAGACUGCCUUUUUCGUUGCAGUUGACUACAACAGGUCUAAAAUCGUUGUCAGCAUUAGAGGCACCCUGUCCAUCCAGGACGUACUGACAGACCUCAAUGCCGAAAGUGAAACGCUACCCUUGAACCCACCAAGGGAAGAUUGGCUCGGGCACAAAGGAAUGGUGCAAGCAGCGAUUUACAUGAAAGACAAAUUAGAGAAAGAAAAUAUCCUCAAUGAAGCUUUUGCCGUUGCGGCGAAUGAGAAGCCAAAUCAGAGGUUUGCCCUUUGCCUCGUUGGACACUCUCUUGGAGCCGGAACUGCAGCAAUCUUGGCAAUACUUUUAAGGCAAAACUACCCAGACCUACAGUGCUUCGCUUAUUCACCACCUGGAGGAUUAUUAAGCUUACCAGCAGUACAAUACACAAAAAGUUUUGUAACAUCUGUUGUCCUUGGAAAAGACCUUGUGCCGAGGAUUGGCCUGCAUCAGUUAGAAGCCUUACGAGCAGACCUUAUCAAUGCGAUCAAGAGAAGCAAAGACCCAAAGUGGAAGAUCAUAACGUGCAGUGUUUUCUGCUGCGGUUGUGCAUCCAUGCCGACAUCGGCUGUCGAGUUGAAAGGUGACACUGCUACAAUGACAGCAUACCAGCUGGAAAAAGAUAAGGCAAGGGCUGCAGCAGUGCAUCCAAACGACUCAAGCAUCUCACUGACUCUCCAUCAGCCUCUCUAUCCACCCGGAAGCAUAAUACAUGUAGUGAGACACCAUCCUUCAAAAACCGAACAAGUACUUAAGAAGCACGACCCAGUGUACCAGGCGAUUUGGGCCAACAAUACAGAUUUCAAUGAAGUCCUCAUUUCGCCGGUUAUGAUACAAGACCACAUGCCAGACAAAGUGCUGGAAGCUUUGAAUAAGGUUAUAACAAGUUUAGGUCCAGCUAAACCCCAACGAGUUUCAGGCAACAACAAUAACAGUUCUUCAUCGGCUUCUGAGCUCGAGCACUGCCACCUUCUUGCUGGUUCAAGCACAUUGCCUUCUCAUAGAAUCUGCCUUGAAACGAGUUUCACAUCCAGAAGGACAGGGACAAAAGAUGAUAUUGAAAUUGGACGUGGGACUUCGCACCUUCCUUGGGAGUUUAACUCCUUAAUUCCACUUCAAGAACAAAAUUCCUGCCCGCCUGCAAUAAUGAGGCGACAUUCAUGUGAGCCGAUACACGACGACUGGUUCGGUCUGGCUCCCCUUGCAACCCCAGAAUCUUUUUCCGAAGUUUCAAGUAUUUCUUCAAGAGCCAGUUCGUUGUUUUUCGGGCCAAAAGAUUCCAAGCCAAAACCUCAUUGUCCUGUCAAAGAAAGCCAUAGUGUACGUUUUGAUGAGAAUGUCGAGAGUAGAACUGACUCAAGAGUCUUGUCUCCAGCAAAGGAUCACUGGAACAUAUUGUCAAGAAUAUUCAAAAGAAAGAAAAAAGACAAAGAAGAGGAAGAAGAAAAACUGGAAGAUAAAGAAGAAAUCAAACAUGACGAAACUGUUCAUGAAACAGUUAAUGAAAUCAUGAGGUUAGAUGAUUCAUAUACUUCAACAGAAUCAUCUCCACUCUUGAGUAGCCUUCAUCUUUUGACAGAUCAAAGACUCGCUGAAAUCUUAGGCAGGCCUUUAGCCACGAGUAAAACUUGUGAUGAUAGUAUCACCUCGUCCAGUUUCCACUCACAAGAACUGCCAGAAAAUACUCUUUCAUCGGACUCAGUCACGGUGAAUGCAGAAGUACACAACAUAUCAGCUCUAAGAUCAGAAUCGUCCGUAGGUGGUGACAGCCUAUUAGAAGAUAUAGAAAGAUCGUUGAACAUUAACUUAUCCAGGACUGGUUCCUUAGCCAAGCUCAGCCUUUCUAGACACGGCUCUGUACCAAAACUGACCGAAGUCUCGAUUGACAUCGACGACGAUUCAACGAAAUUAGUUAAUGACAGAGAAAGGAUAAACAGCUUAGGUAGCAGUAGCUCCAGCAAAUAUUUAUACCCAAUACUCCACGUGAAUCAUGGAGAAAGUAGUGUUUAACAUUCAAUGUUAAAACGGACAUUCUUUCUUAACUUAUUUGAUAAAAUUAGUCUUAAAGUGACCUAUUGACAUAACGUUUUAAAUAUGUCGAUGGGUCUUUUCCUUCAGAGUUAGCUGUGAUAGUUUAUUUUAUUUUUAUAUUUAGUAGUUAUUAAUCUGUUUUUUAUUAUUUUUUUUAUUUCCUAAAAUUGAGGAAACAUUACCCAAUUUAAUUUUCUUUGUUUGGGUUUUGCAACAAACUAGUACAACUAUGAUCAUGAUAGAUAAAAAGUAAGAAUAUUCAGGUUUUUCUGAAUAAAAAUUGACAAAAUGACCCAAAAUCAUUAUAUCUCAAGAAUGUUUUGGUGUUUAGGUUGACAAUUUCUAUUUAAUGUUGAGGCUGACAAGCAAAUGAAUAUGUACAAGCAUUAGAGAAAAGUAUGGUAAAAGAAAUCUUUUAUUGUAUUUUUAUUUUAUUUUCUUAUUUUUUAUGGGGGCACAAACAGUGAAAUUGCAGUCAACCCCAUAUAAAAACUGUUUUAAAGUUAAUUGAGUGAUGAACUUUCUAAAGCAACAAAUUUAUACAAUUGAUUUUUUUUAUGUGUAAUAUAAAAUCAUUGACAGAUUUGAUCAUUUAUGAUUUAAUUUCAAGUGGAAAUUUUACGGACCAAGCCGAUAACUCCCUAUUCAGUUGAUUCUUCAAAGACUGAACAAAAUGAGUAUUUCUUCCAUUAUUUUCUCUUGUUUUCAAUUUUAAAAAAAAUUCUAGAUCAAGACAGAAUAUAAUCACAAGUUUUUCACCUUGGUACAAACCUAUUUUCUUAUAUUGUUUUACAAUUUAAAUUGUAAUUAAAUAUUUUUAAAUGAUUUUAUAAUAAACUAUAUUGUAGCUGUAGGUGUUAAACAUGAGUUGUUUUGCUUAUUGAUUCUUCGUUUGUAUAUUAUAUUCUUAUAAAGCAUUAUUGAUCUUUAAAUUCCAAAUACAUUACAAAUGUUUAAAAAAAGACAUUAUUUAUAGGUGCUGUGAUAGCUGAUAACGGCUAAAUUCUGAGUAUAAAUAUUAAGAAAGGACGAUUAACAAUUAGUACGAAUGUUGGAUUAUUCUCUGAGCAAUUAUAAAAAGCCAAAUCUUAAUAUAUUAAGCGAAAUAUGUCAAGUAAUUGUAGGUUGCGAGAGUUUUGUAUUAAAUAUAAAAUUAUAAAAAAUUGAAAAACUAUAUUCAUAAUAUUCUUUAUCCAAUAAAGUUAUAUCAUAAAUUGAGUUUAGGAAGGAGUGUGUUCAACAUAUAAUAUUCACUGUAUUGACAUAUAAUAAUAUGUAAUACUUAUUAAUUUUAUAACACCAAAAUAAUAUAUAAAGUGUUAUCUUCCUGGCAUUUUGGGCAGAAAUGAUCUCAGUUUACUGCAAACAUUUUUGUUAUCGGAUGAGAUUUUUUUAACACAUUCAUUCUUUUUCCAACAAGCAAUUUAUUUAUUUACCCUUCUUGUGUUCAAAUUUAGUCAUGUAUUUUUAUUAAAAUUUAAUUAAGGAGAAGAAUGUAGCAAUAUUCAUGUUUUUGGAAAUAUCACAUUGGCUUGAGUGCACAGGUUAUGUUUGCAAAAAAAAAUUUUUUGUCUUUUAACGUUUCCAUCCCUCAUUCUUUGUUCCUUGAGUCUAUAUUUGUGAACUAUCAACCAAAGAAUAACCAAAAACUAUGAGAGAUAAAAAAAAAUCCUUGUAUAAUUUGGCUAGUCAUCAGUUUGAAUGACUUAUUCUACGGGUUAUUAAAAAAACUAUUGCUUUUCUAUUUAAAAAAAUUCAGUUAGCAAUAACAGCAAUUAAAAUUACACUAUAAUAUUUAAGUCUUGCUUUCUGAGCAGCUGUAUUUAAAUGCACAUUGGUUUUUCAAACAAGUGUUACAAGUGAAGUAUUUUAGGUGAAUUAUAAACUCAAAUAUUUAACUAGAAAAAAACUUCCAAAGAUAGUUUGGAAGAAAAAAAGUAUGUUUAAUUUUUGUAAUUUUAUAUGGUGCUCAUUUCGCCGAGUGGCGUCAUUGGUCACUGGAGAGACCUCAUUCCAGAUGUUUAUAAUAAAACUAUUUAAAAAAAUUAUAAAAAGUUGGUAUUGAGUAUAAACAAUAAAUAUAUAUAAAUAUAUAUUAUUUGUGUUAGUAAUGUUAAGCAAGAGAGAUGGUAUUUAUUUAAUCGAAAAUUGGAAGAAAAAAAAUUAA